AUGGACAAUCAAGAGAACGAGCACCUGAUAAGGUACAAGGUCAAGUACAUCGGCAAAGGAGGAGGCGAUGUGAUUCUCGACAAGAACCCAGACUUUGUCCCCGACGCAGAAGAGCCACCCAUUUUUGAGCACAUCGACGUUCGACUGUCAAGCCUGGGCACCAUUUCGGAAAAGGUUGACCUCGAUACCCUUGCCAAAACCGAGGUUGCAACAGGACACUGCUACAUCAACAUCUUUUCGUCUGUUGUUGCUGAAGCCCUGCGAUGCGUUGUCGACUACUUUCCGGGCGUCUACCUGUCGGAGAGUGUCAUCAGAGUCCCUGAGCCGUACAACAUCUUUGUCUUUUUCGAGAAAGAGCUCACAGAGUACCGCGAGAGACUCGAAAAGGCUGCCGAGACGGAUCCAUUGACCUGCGCGAACCGCUGGGCGAGCAAGCACAUCGCCAUCGUCCAGGACUUUGUCAAGAAGCGAAUCCAGGCCCAAGUCGAUGCAGAGAGAGAGCGCCAUGCCAGAGGAUACGCCAGCUUCGACAUGCUCUGGCUGCUCUAUAAGCCAGGAGCCGACAUGUACUUUGACCGCUGGAACAUCAACGAGCACGAGCCCUUUGUCAUGACUGGCGUCGAGUUCACUUUCAUCAACGACGCGGCCGAUUUCUACAAGCUUCGGCUUUGGAACAUGGAUGCCGAUUUUGACCGAGUUGGACCCUCGCCCUGGGAAUUCAAGGUGGAUCGCUUUCCUGGAGAGAGAAAGAUUGUCGACCUGCCAGCGUUCCCCUGCGAGUAUCUUCACUUCUCGGAAGAUGUUGAGAGCGAAAGCAUCCCUGCCAUCAAGGAACAUCUCGUCAACCGUGGAAAGAAGUGGUACAACCUCAGACGCGAGGUUCGUCCUUAUCACUUUGAUGGCUUCACAACCACUUUCCCCCGAAAAUCCUUCAAUGACCUCGCCAUAGUGGACAGUCGUCCGUUUCCAAGGCAUCCAGAAGACCGCAAGAUUCUCAUCGACUCUAUCGCCCAUCCUUCAAGCCCGCUCAAGAUCUGCAGCUGUGACAAAUGCGAGGAGCGCAUCUAUCGCCAUGCGGUCAAGCCAAAGUUUGUUGGCUACUCCAACAUCAACCCCCAGAAUGUGGAGACCUUGACAGAGCAUCAGUAUUUCCUCUGUGACUCCAUCGUUGAGGCUUUCUUGUUCAAGGCAAAGUCGUGGCGCUACCUUCAUGUUGAUGGCUUCCAAGAGGCCUCUUUUGAUGGCCCUCUCUUCGAAGACCUGGUCCUCAAGGAUUCCUCAAAGAUGUACAUUCAAGACCUCGCAAAGCCUUAUGUCAGAGGCAUCAAAGAGAACAAGCCACAGAAGCAGCUUCGCUCCGGUCUUGGUCAAAUUCACAAGCCUUCCAAGCAGAAACAGCCAUGGUCACCCGAGGCGACUACAAUCAAGGGCGACGGACUGACCAUGCUCCUCCACGGGCGACCCGGAGUUGGCAAGUCGUAUACGGCAGAAUGCAUUGCUCAGUACACAAGACGACCUUUGCUUUCACUGGAUACUUCAGACCUGGGCCCCAGACCCGAUAGGAAAGACGAGAGCCUCGUCAGAUGGUUCAAGCUCGCCGAAAAAUGGGGAGCCAUUGUCCUCAUCGAUGAUGCCGAAGUCUUUCUCGACUUUGGCCGCACUGAUCUUGUCGCCAACUUUCUCCGAGCUUCGAGCUACUUCAAGGGCAUCUUGAUUCUCACUACCAACCGGCUCAGGGCAUUUGACCACGUUCUCAUGUCGCAUGUCAAUGCACAGAUCUUGUAUCCUCAUUUUGAUGAUGAAGAACGUGCUAAGCUUUGGGGACAUUUCUUCCAGAAGCUGGAAGCCGACACUGACGUAAACAUGAGUGUCAUGGAAGAAGCCAAGGACUAUGUCAAGUCCGAGGAGAUCCAGGCACUGGAAUGGAAUGGCAGAGAGAUCCAAAGUGCCUUCCAAGUCGCUGUCAAGCUAGCCGAGGCAAAGAGUGAGAAGGAUGACCAAGGACGCACCCUCGUUACCGUGGACAACCUCAAACCCACAGUUCAAAAUGCAAUCGGCCUUCGGGAGUACAUCUUGAGUGAAAGACGUCGCGAUUGGCGCCCACAGCGCCCGCUGAGAGAACAUAGCUACGAUGCAGUUGAGAGGGAAGAGGUGCGCUCUCAACCUGAGCACUAG